AUGACGGGCGCUAUUGUCAUUCAGGGCGGCUACGAUGUCGCCGGAGAUAUCCACGUCUCAGGCUCAAAGAACGCCGGACUAGCGCUGAUGGCAGCAACAGUGCUCGCGUGCGGAAAUAGUACCUUGCAGGGAGUUCCACCGGUAUCAGACAUCCACAACAUGGCUCGAAAUCUCCAGUAUCUUGGUGCGAGCAUCAAACGCCUUGAUGGAAGCCUCCGUAUUGAUACGACAAAAUUAAUAUCUCUCUAUGUACCCGAUCACCUGGCGGGCUGUUUACGGGCGUCCAUUUUGUUGCUGGGUCCUCUUGUUGCACAAUAUGGAUAUGCCAAGUUGAGCCUUCCGGGGGGUUGCACGAUUGGCGACCGCCCAAUUGAGGAACACGUUAGAGGACUCGAGGCUUUAGGGGCUCGUGUCAAAGUGACCGACGACUAUAUCGAAGCACAUGCCACUCGGCUCCAGGGCGCUUCUUUAAAUUUGCAGACUCCGUCUGUAACCGGGACAAUGAACUUGAUAAUGGCAGCUUGUUUGGCACAUGGGACCACGCAUAUACACAAUGCAGCCCGUGAGCCGGACGUGGUCGACUUGAUCAUGUGUCUCAUCAAGAUGGGUGCUCAGAUCGAAGGGGCUGGAAGCGAUCAUCUCAUCAUUUCUGGUCAUGGCCGGCCGCUAUCUCCAUACCAGUACAAAGUUAUGGAAGACCGGAUUGAGGCAGGCACCUUCUUGAUCCUUGGAGCAAUAGCGGGGAAUCCGCUCACCAUUCACGGCUGUCAAGUUGAGUAUCAUAUAGCACUCAUCAUUAAGCUUCGGGCUGUUGGAGCUAUCAUCGAUGUCUCCGGAAAUUCAGUGACUAUAUGCAAGGCCAAGCAACCAUCAUCCACCGACAUCCAAACUGGGCCAUAUCCCGGCUUCCCAACAGACCUGCAGCCGCAGUUCAUGGUAUUACUCUCCCUGGCACAAGGUAUUAGUGAAAUUACAGAGACGGUUUAUGAGAGCCGGUUCAGUCAGGCUGUAGGCCUCCGAGCUAUGGGUGCAGAUAUUGAAAUCUGCGGGCAGAUUGCCACAAUUUCUGGCAUAUCGAGUCUUUCUGGUACAGAUGUCUCUGGAUCUGACUUGAGGGCUACUGCUAGCCUCGUUAUUGCCGCUAUUGCUGCGAGAGGGGCUUCCGUUAUCCGAGGUGUGAAAUACAUCGAUCGUGGGUAUCAUGAUAUGGAAAGGAAGUUGCAAAAUAUAGGCGUAAAGAUCACACGGGUCCAUGGACUUGAUUCAACAAAGAAUAUUGACAUAUGA